AUGUCAUCAGCACUCUCUACAUCUCCAAAGACACUUUAUGAGCUAUUACAUAAAAAUGAAGCGAUGGAUACGCGAAGAAAAACUUCAAUUAAGCGAAAAGAUGAAAUGACGAAAUCAACCACUGUUCACACUCGAAUAGCAGAACUUCGUAAAUCAACGACGAAACAUGGAGUUUAUAGUGUAUGUGAACUGGCUAGCUAUGGAUUCGAAUAUACGGGUGAAGGAGAUACAGCGAUAUGUGAUAGCUGCGGACUGAAGAUAUCAGACUUGACACUAGAUGUCAAUCCUAAAACAAUCCACUUCGAAAGAAGUCCUGAUUGCUCAUUUCUUAAGUCUCUGAAGUUAAAAUCACCAGAACUAAUACACCAUUCAACAUCGUCAUCAUCAUUGGCAACAACCGCUCAUAAUUCGUCGUCAUCGAAUGAAUCGGAAAAGCCCUCGAAGCGAAUAAAAAUAGAACCAAAUGAGUUAAUGUCAUCAGUUAAUAUGUUAUAUGAAACAAGUUCACUUCAACAAGUACGAAGAAGGACUUUUUCUCAUUGGCCAAGUCGUACUAUUCCGUCUGUAGCGCAAAUGAUCGAAGCUGGAUUCUUCAACUGCAAUGUGGGUGACAGGGUGAUAUGUCUGUAUUGCAAUCUUAUCUGUCAACAAUGGACUGACAAUGAUGAUCCGUGUGAGAUACAUAAACUAUGUUCACCUACCUGCCCAUAUGUCUGUGCCAAACUGAAACAUCCAACAGGCACAAAUGGCCAAAUACCGCCAUCAAUAAAUUCGGCUCCCAUAUCAAGCUCUGAUUCUGUCACUGAUGUAAAUCAUCCAGCUUACAGUGAGAUAUAUGAACGUUAUAAAUCGUUUGAGACAUGGCCAGAUGAAAGAUACCCGUCUGUGUGUACUUUUGUACGAGCAGGCUUCUUCUACACCGGUUCGAACAAAAUUGUGACUUGUUUUCAUUGCAAUGGGUCACUUCAAAAUUUGGCUCCAAAUGAUGAUCCUAUGGUUGAACAUGUUCAGUGUUUUCCACAGUGUCCAUAUGCCAAACAAGUUUGCGGCAGUGACUCACAUAUGAAAAUUCAAGAAUUGAAACGAACAAAACAGGAAUCUGUUUUUGAAAGACAACCGCAAAAUCCGACCAGCUUAGCUGUCAGCACAGAACAGUUAUCCAUACCUGACCAAGCAACUUUGGAUGUAUUGCUCGAGGCACGACUUGAUCUACCUGUUUCACGUCGUCUGCUCAACGAAGGUUUUGCAUUUUCGAUCGUGAGCCAAUGCUGGAAAAAUCAACUAGAACUAAAGAAAGUCGAUUUUGCUGAUGAUCUCGAGUUGUACAUUGCUUGUGUUAUUCUGCAAAAGCAGAAUGAGCACAAUAAUAAAGGUGAUAAAUCUAUUGUGAUCCCAAAAAUCAUUAAAAAACAAAAUGAAUCCCGAUCUGAAAUGAUAAACGUUACUACUGAGAACAGUUCAUCAAUGAUCGAAACAGCUUCACGCCACAGGAAAGACUUUCCGCCUGACAAACAAUCCACAGUCACUAACUUAUCCAGAGGUCCUGGUGUCGUUAAUGAAAAUCGAAGCAGUUGUUCAUUCCAAGCAAAUCCAUGCGCUAUCUGUCUGACUGAACAAAGGCAACUUGUUUGUCUGCCAUGUGGACAUCUGGCUGUUUGUACUCAAUGCGGACCCACACAAUCUUUAUGUCCGAUAUGCCGCAAAACCAUAAGUUGGUUUGUGGAUGAAAAAUCGACAAAUAAUGAAGCAGCAAACACUUUCAUACAAGCUUUAACAGCAGCAACGAAUCUAACCGAAGGAUUCCUAUGGCCCAAAGGUCAAUACACAUUUCAAUCCAUUCAUGAGAAUGUGAAUAACGAUAAUAUAUAUGCCAGUGUUCAUCAAAUUUGUAACCGUUUGGAAUCUGGUGCCAUUGGUACCAUUUCAAAUAUUAACAAUGCGAAAACUCGUUUGCUCGAAAUAUUCAUGCGACGAUUACACAUAUCGAUGGUUUCAUUGAAUUAUUUCAAUUAUAACAAACAAGAAUUUCCUCCGUUGAAUAAAUUCUAUCAUCUAACAAUGAAAAUCGAUCUUCUGCCGGCACUUGCAGCGUGCAUAAGACGCUAUAAAGUAAUGAAAUUGUUUUACAUCUUCGAAGGCGAUGAAGCUUUCGAACGGUACCAAGCGAUGAUGGUCGCACAAGCCCGAGAGAAAAGUUAUGAUAUUCUCGACAUCCAAGGUCGACAUCUGAUCGAUAGUACGAAUUCAAAUCAUACGAGAAAUUUACUGCAAAGUGUGGAAAUCCAUGAUCGAGGCUCGAAAGAGGAGCGUUAUAUCGUAUUGGAUCUAUAUGACAUUAACAGUUAUGUAAAAUUACUAAUGCAAAUUCGACAUCAUGGUAUGACCACACCUCACUAUCACUAUAUUCUGAUGAGUUUGGAAGCAAAUCGUAUUGAUAUGCGCACUUUUCGUUAUGGUGGUGUGAAUGUAACCUAUUUUCUACCUAAAUCAGCUUAUAAAUUGAACUCCUCGUUCGAUUUAACAGGCCAAGAUCGAUUAUCAUUACCAUCCUUUGAAAAGAAAGCGUUGGCUGAUACUUUGUAUCUGUACAUGCGAGCAAUCAUGUCUUUGGAUGAACGAACACGUGCUAAAAUUAUUGAUUCAGAUUCCACCGAUGAUAACUUCGAUCAUUUAAAGAUUGAAUGUCGAUCCAAAGGGAAACACCGUUCACACGAAGCAUUUGGUGACAAGCUCUUCCAAACAAUGAGAUCAAUUUCCUUCGAAGGUUAUUCCGGAAACGUCGCAUUCAAUGAAUAUGGUGAACGAUUAAAUUACACUUUAAAUGUGUAUCAAGUGACUAUGAAUCGAUUACCGCGACAUAUUGGCAAUUUUACUCAUGACGAAUUUGCAUUUGACGAUCUCAGGGUAUUCGAAGGACGUCAAGCACAUGAUUUUGAUAAGGGAAAAGAACGCAUUAUAUCGACAAUUAUCGACGAACCAUUUACCAUGUUGAAUACGACUGCUCUUGGAAAUAUGACUGUCUCCGAAGCGACUGGUCAAUAUUUCACGUUUGAUCAAUUACAUGGUUAUUGCAUUGAUUUAGCACGUUUGAUAUGCGAACAAAAACUUGAGAUACCAUGUAAAUUUCGCAUUGUCAAAGAUAACUCGUUUGGAAAUAAACCGACGAACUCUCAGCCAUGGACGGGAAUGGUCGGUGAACUAGUUCGACAUGAAGUCGAUUUAGCCAUUGCACCAUUAACCAUAACAAGUCAACGGGAAAGUGUCGUUGAUUUUAGCAAACCAUGGAUGAAUCUUGGUAUCAGUAUUUUGAUCAGUAAACCAGAGAAAAUCGCACCAGGUAUUUUUUCAUUUAUGGCACCCUUAUCGAAAGAGAUCUGGAUGUGUGUCACAUUUGCAUAUAUUGGUGUCAGUGUUAUUCUAUUUCUUGUCUCGCGAUUUUCUCCAUACGAAUGGAGUAUGGAAGAUGAAGAAACUUUUCAAUUAUCGAAUAAAUUCUCAAUCUUGAACACACUCUUCUUUGCUCUCGCUGCUUUCAUGCAACAGGGUGUGGAUUUCAUUCCAAGAUCUAUAUCGGGUCGUUUGGUAGCCGGUGUUUGGUGGUAUUUUUCCAUGAUUCUGGUAUCAUCAUAUACUGCUAACUUAGCCGCUUUCCUAACUGUCGAACGUAUGGUUACGCCCAUUGAGAGCGCGGAAGAUCUUGCUAGACAAACCAAAAUUCGAUAUGGUAUCGUUCGUGGCGGAUCGACACAAUCAUUUUUUGAAAAAUCAGAUGUGAAAGUUUUUCAACGUAUGUGGACAUACAUGCAACAAAGUGACGAUGUCUUUGUUUCCACAAAUGAAGAAGGUAUAAACAAAGUUCGAAAAUCAAGAGGCAGAUACGCAUUUUUACUCGAAUCAACAAAAAACGAAUAUAUUAACGAACGUGCUCCUUGCGAUACGAUGAAAAUUGGAAUUAACCUAGAUUCCAAAGGCUACGGCAUUGCCACGCCAGUCGGUUCAGAAUUACGAGAAGCUGUUAACAUAGCCAUACUAGAAAUGAGUGAAGAUGGUUCACUAAAUAAACUAAAAAGAAAAUGGUGGUUUGAUAGGUCGGAAUGUCAUAGUGCUUCGACGAAAGAUUCGAAACAAAGCAAUGCGCUGAAUUUGGUCAAUGUCGCGGGUAUAUUUUAUAUAUUGAUUGUGGGUCUAACAUUGGCGAUUAUCAUUGCUGUACUGGAAUUUUCGAUCAAAGCAAAAAGAGAAGCGAAAGAAACAAGAAACAAUAUUUUUGACGUAAUGAAACGAAACAUGCGAUUAAGUAUUGCUGGUGUCGAUCUGAAUGACACACCAACAGCGCAGUUUAUUUACAAAUGUCCACCUCCAGAUCCGUUUCAAAGUUCCGAACAGCUAUUCGAAGAAAACGGACACAUCGCUGCUGGUAGUCAUAGUCAAGUAUAA